AUGUCGACACAGAGUGUCCAAUGCUUCGGCAAGAAGAAGACUGCGACUGCUGUCGCUCACUGCAAGGCUGGCAAGGGCUUGAUUAAGGUCAAUGGAAAGCCUCUUGGAUUGGUCCAACCAGAAAUCCUCCGAUUCAAGGUGUACGAGCCAGUCUUGAUCCUCGGCCUUGACAAAUUCGCCAACGUCGACAUCCGAGUACGCGUCUCCGGCGGUGGCCACACUUCUCAGAUCUACGCCAUCCGGCAAGCCAUCGCAAAGUCAAUCGUCGCAUACUACCAGAAAUACGUCGAUGAGCACACGAAGAACCAGCUGAAGCAGGCGCUGGUGCAGUACGACAGGACCCUGUUGGUUGCGGAUAACAGGCGUUGCGAGCCGAAGAAGUUUGGUGGUCCGGGCGCCCGCGCGAGGUAUCAGAAGUCGUACCGUUGA